CCGCAGCCCGGCAGCCGGUCCGCCUCCCGCCCACGGCAGCACCUCGUACUCGUAGGCGCCGUCCUCCGCGGCUCCUCGCCCCCCUCCCCCUCCCGCCUCGUACUGGUCUGCAGAGGACUGGAGAUCAAUCCGUCCGGACUUUGCAUUGAUUUCUUCUGUUGGAAUUGGGACACAAAGUGCGGGUUGGGAAGUUUGUUUUCCAAGCUAUUGGGAUUCAACUGAAUCUCCACGCCGCCCUGCACUCAAAAUGAAAGGCGUACUUCAGAUUAAGGGGGCAUCAGGGCGUGAAAAGAAGGCUCCUAAGGAGCUCGAGAGUGUCUUGAACCAAUAUUUCGGAUAUUCGGGAUUUCGAGGAAAACAACUGGAAGCUAUAGAAGCUGUUCUAUCAGGAAGAGAUUGCUUUUGUUUGAUGCCAACUGGCGGUGGAAAGUCCAUGUGCUAUCAGGUUCCAGCUCUGGUGAAGACAGGCAUUGUUCUUGUCAUUUCACCCUUGAUAGCGCUGAUGGAGAACCAGGUUGCCAGCUUGAAAAAUAAAGGGAUUCCAGCUGAAUUUCUCUCAUCAACACAGGCAUCUCACACUAAACAAAGGAUACAUGAAGACCUUGAUACUGGUAAUCCUUCUUUAAAGUUGCUAUAUGUCACUCCUGAGCUUGUUGCAACAUCAGGCUUUAUGGCAAAGCUAAAGAAGCUCUACAACAGAGGUCUUCUUGGUCUUGUUGCUAUUGAUGAGGCUCACUGUAUUUCGACUUGGGGCCAUGAUUUCAGACCUAGCUAUCGCAAGCUUUCAUCAUUGAGGAAGCAGUUCCCAGAUAUCCCUUUGUUAGCUUUAACUGCAACUGCUGUCCCGAAGGUCCAGAAAGAUGUGAUAUCAUCACUGUGCCUGCAAAAUCCAGUGAUUCUUAGAGCUUCAUUUAAUCGACCCAAUAUAUUCUAUGAAGUUCGUUACAAGGAUCUUCUUGAUGAUGUUUACUCUGAUAUAUCAAAUUUACUGAAGUCAAGCGGAAAUGCUUGCUCAAUUAUAUAUUGUCUUGAACGGGCAGCUUGUGAUGAUCUAAGCAUGCAUUUGUCACAGCAGGGUGUCUCUUCUGCUGCUUAUCAUGCUGGCCUAAAUAGCAAAGUGCGAAGUUCUGUUCUCGAUGACUGGCUUUCGUCGAGAACUCAAGUUGUUGUUGCAACUGUAGCCUUUGGAAUGGGUAUUGAUAGACAAGAUGUCCGUAUUGUAUGCCACUUCAACUUGCCUAAGUCAAUGGAAUCCUUCUAUCAGGAGUCAGGUCGAGCUGGUCGUGAUCAACGACCUUCAAGAAGUGUUUUGUAUUACGGAUUAGAUGACCGGAGGAGAAUGGAAUUCAUUUUGAGAAACCCCAAAAUUAACAAAGCACAACCGUCUUCCUCUUCAAAUGAGCUUUCUGAGAAGGCUCUAGCUGACUUCAGUCAGGUUCUUACUGUCAAACAUAUACAUUGGUCUACUAGGCCAUGCAGUUUAUUCAAGUCUAUUAUGUUGCCUCACUUGAUGCAGAUUGUUGACUACUGUGAAAGUUCUAGCUGCCGGCGAAAAAAGAUCAUUGAGAGCUUUGGAGAGAAAGUACAACCAACUUUAUGCCAACGCUCAUGUGAUGCUUGCAAGCACCCAAAUUUAGUGUCGUCACGUCUGGAGGAACUCCGUCGUGUGCCCAACUGUCGCUUUAAUAAGAUCUCCCCAGUGUUUCAAAGCUCAGUUAAACCAGCACACUUGGACACAGAAUUCUGGAAUCGUGAAGAUGAGGCAAGCAUAUCGGCUGAAGACAUCUCAGAUUCUGAUGAUGGGAAUGAGGUGGUGAGUAAUAUAGCCAUUUCAAAGGUUCCAGCAAAAGCUGGUCUGGAUGCAAAAUUUAAAGCUCUGGAGCGUGCUGAAAAUGCUUAUUACCAAGGAAAAGGUCAGACCAAGCAGCAGGGUGGUGGCCUUGCUGACAAGAAAAGCAUCUCUCAGACGCUAAGAGAUGCAUGCCGGAAAAGAUUGUUGGAUGCUCUUGGACAAGCAAAGCUGCGACUUGGGAAUAUUCCGUGCGACGACGAGGCUUCUGCUACACACCUUGAAACAGAGUGCUUCAAAAAAUAUGAGAAAGUGGGCAAGACGUUCUACAACUCACAGAUAGCCGCCACAGUUCGGUGGCUGUCAUCCGCAACAUCCAGUCAGAUGCACGACCGCCUCCAUGCUGUUAUCGACCAAACUAAAGAUGAUGGUGCAUCAGGCUCCCCCGACAUUGUUCCAGAGUCACCUCCAGCAUCUCCUAAAAUCGUCGGCACAAAGCCAGGAGAAACCAGUAACUAUGAAGCUGACGUCAAACCACAGCAUAUUUGUAAGUUGGGGAAAAGGGGACAUUCAGAUGUGUCUACAGAGGGUGCUGCGGCAUCGACUGGGAACAUGGAGCUCCCCUCAAUACCAACUGGGAACAUGGUGCUCCCCGCGAUACCAACGUUCAGAGAAUUCUUGAGCCAAAAAGGAAGGGAUCGGGCAAAGAGCUAUUCAAAUUCCCAGCCAUCUGGUAUUCGUAGGAAGUCUAGUGGUCAGGUUGAUAAGGAAGAAACCAGCAAGAGGAUGAAAUCAUGAAUGUCUGUCGGGCAACUUGUUUUUUUAUUUUUUAUUUUGUUGUCUUUUGAUCAAUGAUCAAACAUUGCAAAUUUACGUUGUAGUGAAGCAUUCCUGAAUCCCCAUGAUGAUUUUCCUCUAUAUCUAGUU